AUGGCUGACGAGUACUCACUCAACGGCAAGGUUGCCAUAAUAACCGGCUCAGGGCGUGAAAAUGGAAUCGGCGCUGGCAUAGCUUACGCAUUUGCCAGACAUGGGGCUUCAGUCGUCAUCAACUACGUUUCGGAUUCCAGCGCGGCCCGAGCAAACAAGGUCGCCGAAAAUGUCCGAGGGCUUGGUGGGAAAGCAGCCGUCAUUCAGGGCAGUAUCACGAGCCGGCCAGGAGCCAAGCACAUUAUUCAGAGCGCAAUGACUCAGUUCAAUGUUAGCUCAAUUGACAUUUUAGGCCAGUGGCUAAGUUCUGUAGUCAACAAUGCCGGUGGUCCCGCCAAGACUCAUGGGAGUAUUAUGGACUACAAACCCCAAGACUUGCUCAACGAUUUCGAGCUGAACUAUUUCGGUGCAAUCUACAUGAUACAGGAAGCUGUGCCUCAUAUGAACCGCGGUGGGCGAAUUAUCAACAUUGGGGCAAUGUCUUCAAUAACGUAUGUGCCCGGUAUGCCCAUAUACUCGGCGGCCAAGGCGGCAUUGGACCACACAACGAAAUCCCUCGCGGUGGAACUGGGCAAGAAGAGCGGAAUCACUGUGAACGUCGUUGCACCGGGGCUCACGAUGACAGAUCAGCCUUUGAACUUGGAUGAAGAUCUUAGGACCACGGUGAUGGGCCUGGCUGCCGAGAAGUCCAGUGCCGCUAACAGAGUUGGAACCAUCGAGGAUGUCGCCGAUGUCACCCUAUUUGUGGCCUCUGAAAAGUCCAGAUGGAUUACUGGGCAUGUAUUCCCAGUUGGAGGCGGAAUGUAUUGA